AUGCCCUCCCGCGCCCGCGGCAAGCAAGCAGUCUACAACACGCCCACCAUCCGCAACGGCGGCUUCGGCUACCUGCAAGUAGAAGCAAUCCACAACCGGCCCAUGUCGAUCGCGCGCCGCCACCUGGCCGCCAGCGAGCUGCGCAUGCGCAGCAUCGAGCCCAGCGAGCUCUCCUCCUCCGAAUGGGUGCGCUUCCUCGUCAUGGAGACGCCCGAGCGCGACAGGUGGAUUGCCGAGUUUGAGCGCCGGCGCCGCAACUCCAAUUCCUCGUCUUCGUCCGCCGAGGGGGGGUUGAGUAAGGAGGAGGAGGCGCGGUUGGAGGCUGUGGAGGCGGCGAGGGGGACUGCGGCCGAGGCGGCGCCGGUGGCUUUGCCUUCUGUCGCUGCUGCGUCUCCUGCCGGUGCGAGGACUGGUGUUACGCCUUCUGUUAGUGUGUGGGCGAGACGUUUUGAUGGGAAUGAGAGCGGGCAAUACUCUGCUCGGCGUCCGAGACAUGCUAGGCGUGCGGUCACCGAGAGCCUUAUCGAUGCUCCUGCGCCGCCUCCGACUUACGAGACUGCGGUUCGCUCUCGGUCGCCGCCGCCUGCUUACGAGCCUCGCAGCGAUGAUGAGGGGUCUGUUUCUCCUCGUCAUAUCCGGUUUGCCGUAUGA